UUUUGUAAUUAAUUGGUUUGCUAUGGAGCUGCCUGCACGCAUUGUUUAUGUGUGCAGCUUGUGUUUGCGUCAGUAUGACUUGCUGGAGGAUCUGCGUGGUCACAUGGUCUACUUUCACGACUGCCAGCCCAUUAAAACCAAUGGCGCGCUGAAGCCACAAAUUGCCAAGAGACGCGAGUCUCUCGAGGAUCACAAUCGAGAGUUGUCCUUGUCACAACCUCCGCCGCCGCAUCGUCCCCCUGCCGAGCUGCAGCCCAUGCCGUUCAGGGACUUUCGUCUGGCGUUGCGUGUCAAUAUGCAAGUGCCUUGCGCUGAGAGCAGCGCCUGCAUUUAUAAGUUUGAGAGUGUCCAAAAGCUGGCACUGCACGCCAAUUGCCACAAGGGAGUUGGUUACAGUUGCAGCGAAUGCGGCUUAGACAUGGCCAACUGGCGACGCUGUUCGCUGCACUUGUGGAAAUCGCAUCAACUGGAUGUGGAUCUGUUGCAGUGUCCUGUAAGCGGUUGCGACUACAAGUCGCCCAUCUCAGCGCUUGUGUGGCGUCACAUGCGUGUGCACAAGAAGUGGCGUGCUCGCGUCAUGCGACGUGAACUGCUGCGACGACGAGCGCAGCAGAAGCAGCAGCAGCAACAGGAGGAGCAGCAGGAGCAGAAUGAUGCAAGCGAGACGCAACCGCAACCAGCACAGCCAGCAGUGGCCAAGAAGAGCAAAUUCUAUGCGGAGAAAACCUGCGAAAUUUGUCAGCGCAAAUUUGUCAAUGGCAAAACGCUGUCCAAGCAUGUCAAAACGGUGCACAACAAAAUAAAGCCGUUCAUCUGCAAUGUGUGCGGCAAGAAGACAGCACGCAAGGCGAGCUUGAUUAUCCACAUGCGGCAGCACACGGGCGAAAAGCCGCUCAAGUGUGAGCAGUGCAAGUUCUCCACGAGGGAUCCCAGCUCGCUUUACAAGCAUCGCCAGCGACACGGCACUCCCACAGUAGCCACAUCAAAUCCAUCCCCGAAUUCUCCAUCUUAAGUCUUAAGUUUAUAUUUUUAAAAAGCCUUUUCCGCACUUGAAUUUAAAUGUUCAU